CAGUCUGCUCCGGGAGCAGCAGCCGCUUCAAGGCUUGUGGAGAAAUGAUGGCGUCCCCAGCAGCUCGUCGUUCAGCACGUUGGAUAACGGUAGCCGUGUCUUCAGGAGGUCGCAAUGCAUGUGGGGCUCUUUCAUGUGCCUCACAUCGCAGUGCCAGGACUGUCUCUACCCUCGGGGCGAGCAAAAGAUGGUCUGGGGCGGGCGCCACGUUGGGCUCAGGGACGGCCGCCGCCGUGACAUUGAGAGGGCUGUCAGGUGUCAAAGUACCGAACACCAUCCGCACAGUGAACUUCCACACAAGUGUCCAAGCCAGUAGCAAGCAGGACUUCUAUCAGAUAUUGUCUGUACCACGCACAGCAACCCAGAAAGAGAUCAAGCAGUCCUACUACCAGUUGGCCAAAAAGUUUCACCCUGACACUAACAAAGAUGACCCUAAGGCCAAGGAGAAGUUUGCUCAGCUGGCUGAAGCAUAUGAGGUCCUGAGUGACGAGGGCAAGAGGAAGCACUACGACACGUACGGUUCGGCCGGUCUCGGCGGCGCCGGGCAGGCGGGCGGCGGCGGCGGCGGGCAGCAGUACUGGAGCGGCCAGGCCAGUAGCGUGGACCCCGAGGAGCUCUUCCGCAAGAUCUUCGGGGAGUUCUCCGGCUCGCGGGGCUUCGGAGACUUCAACGCCAUCUUCGACCAGCCGCAAGAGUACAUCAUGGAGCUGACCUUCACCCAGGCAGCGAAGGGCGUCAACAAAGAGAUCACCAUCAACAUGGAGGCCUCGUGUCAGCGCUGCGAAGGCAAGGGUCACGAACCCGGGACCAAGGUCCAGCACUGCCAGCACUGCAACGGCUCCGGCAUGGAGACGGUGAACACGGGCCCCUUCGUGAUGCGCUCCACCUGCCGGCGCUGUGGCGGCAAGGGCUCGGUGGUCUCCACCCCCUGUGGCUCCUGCCGCGGCACCGGCCAGACCAAGCAGAGGAGGACGGUGAUGGUGCCCGUGCCGGCAGGAGUGGAGGAGGGCCAGACAGUCAGGAUGCCGGUGGGGAAGAAGGAGAUCUUCAUCACCUUCAGGGUCCAGAAGAGUCCGGUGUUCAGAAGAGAGGGUGCUGACGUCCACUCGGAUCUGCUCAUCUCCGUGGCCCAAGCCAUCCUGGGAGGCAGUGCCAGAUCACAAGGCCUCUACGAGACCCUCAACCUACCGAUUCCUGCUGGCAUCCAGACAGACCAGAGGAUCCGUCUCUCUGGGAAAGGAAUCGCCAAGGUCAGCAGCCACGGCUUCGGAGACCACUACGUUCACGUCAAAAUCAAAGUGCCCAAGACGCUGACAGACAAACAGAAGACGCUGCUGAUGAGCUAUGCUGAGGAUGAAACGGAAGUCGAGGGAACAGUAAACGGAGUCACAGACACGAAAAAAGGUAAAAGGUCCACCGGGAACUGAGUGGUUGAUCCAGCACCUCCCUGGACGGAGGUCCCACCCAGGUGGGUUCCUCAACCUGAACACAGGACAGAACCCGUCAUGAGGAAGGGGUCGCGCGCUACAGCACAGAGAUAACAGUGGGUGGAUGUCUCGGUAGGGGGGACGCAUCCACCUUGGAAGACCAUGUUCCAUGACGACCUAUUACUGGAUAUCAGUUUAGUUGCCAGGUUCUCUAAAAACACAUUUGUUGGCGUGAGUCCAUCAAUUUACUUGUCCAUCCCAGUCCUCUUUUGUCUUCAUGGCAGACAGGAUUCUUCAUUUGCAAAGUGUGCAUGUUUCAGAAAUCCACCUCCUCAUAGAGAAAUAGAUUAAAAUGCUACACAUUUCUUUGUGUUUUCAUGAAUACUUUUUCAUCAAACAUAAUACGGACACAAGUUGUUUUUCUCGUUCCACUGGUUGAGAAUCUUGAGCAAUAUAACUACAUUGUGUUCCUUAUCCUUCGGGUAAUGGUCAAAGCUUGGUAGACUACUAGCAUCUCUAUUACUGUAGAGACUGUUGUAUUUAAGCCUGCUGUAUGACCGGUGAUUUACAUUUGUAAAUAACUAGACAUUUAUCAAGCAGUUGUCCCUUCACAUAAUUUAAAUAUAAGCCCCUGUACAUGUCUAAUAAAGAAACUGAUUGAAAAUGAAAGUUGUUUUAUUU